CUUUUUUCUACUUUAUCCGUAUCCCAAAUAUUUAAAGAAACAACAUUUUCCAAUUGCUAUCUUCUCCCUCAAUACUUGCUUUAUAGGUUUUCCUUCAAAUUACUUGUCAAAAGAUGCUUCCUCUUCCACCUCCAUCACCCUCGGUACAAUCAGCAGCACCACCUCCUGGAAAUCAGAAAACAUCAAAGCAAGAAAGAAGCCAGCAAAGUCCAGCAGCAGCACUCACACGAAAUUAUGACAGCAAAAGAUUAAGAAAGCCAAUUCUCUUGCAUCCUAGACCUCGUCGGACCAACCCUGUUGUAUGGUUUGGUGCAAUUCUAUGUCUCUUAUUCAGUCUUAUUCUCAUCCUUUUUGGUAUUGCAACUUUGAUUAUCUACCUUUCUAUUAAACCCCGAAGCCCUGUGUUUGACACUCCCAAUGCAAACCUAAACGCCAUCUACUUCGACUCACCAGAGUAUUUCAAUGGGGAUAUCACCUUCCUAGCAAAUUUUUCCAACCCAAACCAGAAAAUUGAUGUAAGAUUUGAGUAUGUGGAUAUAGAGCUAUAUUUUUUCGACAGACUCAUAGGAACUCAAUCUCUUCAACCUUUUACCCAGAGACAAAAGGAAAAGAGGUUGGAAUCAAUUCACAUCAUAUCGAGUUUGGUCUAUUUACCCAAUAAUCUUGCUACAGAACUUCAAAAGCAGGUGGAGAACAACAAAGUCAUAUACAACAUAAGAGGAACUUUCAAAGUGAAAGCAACCCUGGGUUUGUUCCAUUAUUCAUACUGGUUACAUGGAAGGUGUGAAAUAGAGAUGACAGGUCCACCAACUGGUGUUUUAAUCGCCCGAAGUUGCAAAACAAAAAGAUAAUGAAUCAGAAGAAUUUUGCUUUUGCUUUUCCUUCCUUGUCUGGAUUGAAAUCUGAAAUUCUGAAUAGAAGUUUUGAUAUCAAAGUGCCUGAUAAUCAUGCAAACAAUAGAACAGAAUUCUUGUAUAUUGUAUCUUUAGCCCAAAGAUGAUAUUUUGAAAUCUA